AUGAUGGUUUCAAGAAUUGGUUAUGGAGGAUUAGGAUUAAUUUUAGCUUGGCGCCCGCCGGAGAGGUCGCCGAAGCUUGUAUCCGUCGGAAAUAUCGUUGGAGAUGAAACCCCAAAACAGAUCUUACCUGCUAUUGGAGGGUUUCGGCUCACUAAAGCUCCACAUAAUCCGUACCAUUUGUGGGAUCGAGCUCCGCUGAUCUUCAUCAUGAAGCUCACCGUAAAGACUCUUAAAGGGAGCCACUUUGAAAUUAGGGUUCAACCUUCCGACACUAUUAUGGCAGUCAAGAAAAACAUUGAAGAUGUACAAGGAAAAGAUAAUUAUCCAUGUGGGCAGCAGUUAUUGAUUCACAAUGGCAAGGUUCUAAAAGACGAAACUACAUUAUCAGAUAACAAAGUCUCAGAAGAAGGUUUUCUUGUUGUCAUGCUAAGCAAGACUAAAAGUUCUACCUCAGGUGGAACUUCAUCUACUCAGCCCCUUCCAACAACUGCAUCAGCUUCCAAUCCCACCAGUACAUCUUCUUCUAUCCCAGCAACAGCAACAGCAACAGUAACACCACCUGCUGCACCACCUGUUAUUUCUGAUACAUAUGGUGAAGCUGCUUCAAAUGUAGUAGUCAACAAUAGUAGUGUUGACCAAACUGUUCAACACAUAAUGGACAUAGGAGGUGGGGUUUGGGAUAAGGAAACUGUCACUCGUGCACUACAAGCUGCUUACAAUAAUCCAGAACGAGCUAUUGAUUAUUUAUAUUCUGGUAUUCCAGAUACAGUAGAAGUUGCAGUUCCUGUGACUCAACUCCCUACUACUCAAGUUGCACCUCUUUCUGGAGGACCUAAUUCAUCUCCUUUGAACUUGUUUCCUCAGGAAAUGCCUUCAAGUGGGACAGGUGGCAAUCUUGGAUCCCUUGAUUUUCUUAGAAACAACCAACAGUUCCAAGCAUUGCGAACUAUGGUACAAUCAAAUCCACAAAUACUACAGCCUAUGCUUCAAGAGCUUGGAAAACAAAACCCUCAGCUUUUAGGAUUAAUCCAAGAAAAUCAUGCUGAGUUUCUUCAACUAAUCAAUGAACCUGUAGAUGCUUCUGAAGGGGAUCUGUUUGAUCAACCGGAUCAGGAAAUGCCACAUGCUAUCAGUGUCACUCCAGAAGAACAGGAGGCGAUUGAACGGCUUGAGGCAAUGGGUUUUGAUAGAACUCUUGUUAUUGAGGCGUUUUUAGCAUGUGAUCGAAAUGAGGAAUUGGCUGCUAACUUUUUAUUGGAGAAUGCUGGUGAUUAUGAGGACUAAAUAUAGAUCACAAAUCUAUGUAUUCUGAAAGGUGAUUUUGACUUGGGAGGUUUUAUGAAACGCGACAGAGACCCAUUUUAGGUGGUGGUUUAUACAGUUUGGACGUUUAUUGUAUUGUCCACGGAACUGAAGCUUUCUUUUUUCUUAUUUAUUUGCGUUGUCUUAUUUAUUUUUUUUUCUUUUUAAUUUUAUUUUAUACUUCUCCCAAAUAUGAAGGGAUGAACAGGAUUUUGUUUGUGCAUUUCAGUUGACUUGUGUGACCCUGAUUUUUUUUUAGUGUCUGACCAGUUUGUUACUUCUAAUGUCCCGACUUACUUUUCUUCAAAGUAUCAUUUUCAGUUUGUUGAUUAUGUUUAAAAACCUUAAAUCAUCGACAAACAAUGUAAGAGAUGUAACAUAUCAUAUGCUUUAUGAAAGUCAAAGUCAAGUUGUCAACCAUUAUCAUGGUUCUAAAAGUUGUCUUAGGGUUUGGAUUAACAUAGAUGGCUACAAAAUACAAAUGAAGAUCAAUGGAGAUAAAGAGGUUUUCUUUUGAAGAAGUGUUUAAGUGUCAUAGGAGGAUUGCUUUUGCAA